CUGAGGGACUACCACCCCAGGACAUUUUCCUAACCACAUUCAGAUCCUCAGCCUCUAUAGGCUAUAUCAUACGAGGCAGACCGUCUACAUAAGGCAUAGUCCUAUCGUUAGCCACCUGAAAUUGUCCCCUCCUUUGCAGUGUGGGCAUGCAACACUCUACCCCACUAUUGAUAUCAAUGACCCUUUUCGGAAGUCUCUCACGCGGCUCGACAGCGAUUGCGUUUUUACAUUCUAGACAAGACGUCGAAUCUUCUCGUCUUGUUUCCUGCCCCUCUGUCAUGGGUCUCCAAAGUUUCCUGUGUUUGGCGCCUGGUCUGGCCGUACGAGCUAAGGCCGGUAGUUGAGAUCAACCAAUCGUCCAGGCCAUCCAGGCUGCCUGCUUGGGUGUGAUCUCAUGAGGGGGGUGACGUUGGACAGACGGUGCAGCACUGCACAUGCACUCCCAGUUUCUCAUGAAGAAUACAUGUUGCUGAUCUACAUAAUGUACAAGAGCCGUUUCGCGGCGAGGGAUUAGGCAGUCUUCUUGUCUCUCCGCUUGCCCAUGUUCCGGACACGGGGAGUGACCACCCAUUUGUUGAUGUUGCCCUUCCGGCGGGUCUUGAAACCACCCUUGGAUGGUGUACCCCAGGGACUUGUGGGAAUUCUGUUACCCUUCGACUUACCACGACCGCCACCGUGGGGAUGUUCGACUGGCCUGAAUGUUAGUGAUCACGCUGACGGGACAAGAUUGCCUUGGGGGGAGAGGUGCUGCUUACAUGCGUUCAUGGCCAAACCACGAACUGUCGGCCUGAUAUUCAGCCAACGUUUUCUUCCGGCCUUGCCCAGCUGUCUGUAGUGAUGCAUCACGUUGCUAGCAACACCAAUCGUGGCGCAAGCAUCCUUGCUGACCCUGCGAAUUUCACCACUUUGUAACCGGACAACGACGAAUCUACCCGUCACGACCUUGCUGCCGUCUUCGCGAGUCUCUUCCUCCUUCGAGAUGACUGUGGCAUAGGUGCCGGCGCUGCGGCAGAACACAGCACCACCCUUCGCCUGGGAGCCAACAUUGAAUACAUUGGUUCCAACAGGAAUCAUGUGCAUUGGCAAGCAAUUGCCCCUCCACGCCGUUUUGGAAGCCAACACACCUGGAUCGAUAACACCACCCAUGCUGUCGAGGAGGUCCUUGGGGAUACCCUGCCGGUAGCUGUGAACGACGUCUCCAGCCCUCAUGCCUUCCGCCGCCACAAUGUAAGUCUUCUUGCCGUUUGCCUUGCGUGUCAGCAGGGCAAUGUGCGCACUCCGGCCGGGGUCGUAUUCAAUGCGCUCAACAAGGUGUGGCCCAGGUGCCCAUCUCUCAAAAUCGACAGUACGAAUCCUCCGCUUGUGACCACCUCCAUGAUGUCUAACUGUGAUAACACCCUGGUUAUUUCUACCGCCUUUGCCGUGCCCCUUCUUGGGGAAGGUCAGAGGCAAAUACGGCCUCCCCUUCCAGAGAUGAUCGUUGAUCGGACGUUUGAGAUGACGAAGACCGGGUGUCCUUGGCUUGUAUGUUCGCAUCUUUACAGGCUCGUAAUCGGCUUGCGAGCUAGCACCGGAGAGGGCUGUCGAGGCAUCGCUGUCGUGGUUGCUCCUUACUUGGGUCGCAUAUCCCCUCAGGGCAGCCAGUCGGAGGCUGCUCUGACAGAAGGCGGACACACCGGCGGCCAAAGGCCGAAAUUGUAAUCGCAACAUUAGGUAUGGUAUAGAUUUGUCCUGGAUAGGGCUCGGCGGGGGAGCUCGGGGGGGUGUUCGCAAGGCGAAAGCAGGUCGAGAUCUGGAGUCAAAGCCGGGACAUUGAAAAGACUCCGUAUGGGCCUUGGAAAGACUGGAAGCAGCCAAUGGGCUGCGAGGUGUCGGGGGAGCUCGUCGGGGGAUCUCUAUAUACCUAGCCUUCAAAUAACCACCCGAGAUGCUGGGAUUUUUGCGUGGGAAGCUCGAUGCUUGGCGGAAAAUGUGGCUUGGUUUGUGUGGCUCUGUGGCUAAUUCUGCUGGCUUGUGCAGCGGGAAGUGGGUCGGCGCGUUCGCCCUUGCGAUGCGCAGACAGCUGGAUCAAAGUGGGAUGCCCCUCCCGCGACAGAGACAUACAUAACCCUGGAUUGACAGGGUUGAGGGAAAGUCAUGGUGGGGCGCCAAGGACUUGCUCUCGCGCGUCUCAGUGGCCGCAGCCAAUCAGGCCGUUUUCUGACCGCUGUUGCUCCGGCAGCCGCUGGCUCAGUGCAGGACAGCGCGUCCCUUUGACUCUGCUACGACCGCGUUCUGAUUUGGGCUCGCGAACCCUGGAGGUCCCACUCUGCCAUAAACCUCCACAUUCAAGUUCUUAAAAACAAGACAGCUCUGUCAACAUCCUCUCUUUCCCAUACCCAAAGACCUCCACCCACUACCCAGCAACGCUUCCACCAUUGGCACCGCCAUCGACCGUGGCAGGCUGUCUGUCGUCGUGAUCAACUCGAGCGUUCUCCUUUUGACCCAGGAACGCGUCGCCAAUCCGUGAUCUCGACUCUCAACUCCGACAGCAAAUCAACGACUGGGCCCCCGUCACCACGGCUCCCGAUUUUCCUAGGCAUAUCCACCAGAAGACACGCCGCCUGCCCGUGUUGUUCGUUAUCCCCAGCAUCUUUGCUCUACCUAACAUUCGAUUGACUUAUUUCGGAUCAUAUCAGCCAAGAUGGUUAGGACAAGAAACCUUCGUUCGGUAGCGAACGAAAACGACGAGAACAGCACUGAUACGACGCGUCUUACUCGUGCCAAGGCCGCUACCUUGAAGGUGGACGAGCUGGCCUCCAAGGGAUUGCAGUCCAAGAAGACCACUGUCGCCGCCAACCCCACGCGGAAGCGUAAUGCUUUGGGUGAUGUCACUAAUGCGACGAAGGGCGAUGCUGCCGAGGCCAAGAAGCCAGCAAAGGCUGCUCUCGCUCCCAAGGCCACCGCUGGCGUUCAGAAGAGAACAACUGCGACAGCUCGCUCAGCUGCUGUUCCUCUCAAGGAGAAAGCCAACAACACGAAAGUCGUCUCGAAAACUGGUGCCGGCGCCAUUGGUCCCUUGAAGAGGAAGGUCACAUCUGCUGGAGCCAGCGCUGCGAUGAAGGAGCGUGUUACAGAGGAGAGCGAGCCAGCCCCCAAGAAGGUGCACACGCUCGAGGCUGAGAAGAAGACCAAGGUUGAGGAGUCUUUCCGCGUCAAGAGCUCCAACAUCGAGGAGGAUCUCCGCCGCAAGGAGGCUAUCCCCGCGCCCGUUGCUGCGGAACCUGCCGAGCAUGUCUUCCCCGAAGGUGUCGAGGAUCUCGACCGCGAGGACUACGAUGACCCGCUCAUGGUCGCCGAAUAUGCUAACGACAUUUUUGAGUACCUGCGCGAUCUGGAAUGCAACUCGGUCCCCAACCCCCACUACAUGGACCACCAGGAUGAUUUGGAGUGGAAGACGCGCGGCAUCUUGAUCGACUGGCUUGUUGAGGUUCACACUCGCUUCCAUCUCCUGCCCGAGACCCUCUUCCUUGCCGUCAACAUCAUCGACCGCUUCCUGUCCGAAAAGGUUGUGCAGCUCGACCGUCUUCAGCUCGUUGGCAUUACCGCCAUGUUCAUCGCUUCCAAGUACGAGGAGGUUCUCUCACCCCACAUUGCCAACUUCCGUCACGUCGCCGACGACGGAUUCAGCGAGGCCGAGAUCUUGAGUGCCGAGAGAUUCGUUCUGCAAACCCUCAACUACGACCUCAGCUACCCCAACCCAAUGAACUUCCUCCGUCGCAUUUCCAAGGCUGACAACUACGACAUCCACUCCCGCACUCUUGGCAAGUAUCUUAUGGAGAUCAGCUUGCUGGACCAUCGGUUCAUGGCGUACCGCCCCAGCCAUAUUGCCGCCGCUGCUAUGUACUGCGCGCGCAUGUGCCUGAACCGUGGAGAAUGGGACGAGACAUUGGCCUACUAUGCCGGCUACACUGAGGCGGAAAUUGACCCCGUUUAUCGCUUGAUGGUGGACUACCUGGCCCGCCCCGUCUGCCAUGAGGCGUUCUUCAAGAAAUACGCGAGCAAGAAGUUCCUCAAGGCAUCCAUCGUGACUCGCGCUUGGGGUAAGAAGCAGGCCGGUCUGCUUGGGAUCCAAAACCUUGGGUUAACGGUCGACCAAAUCUCGGACGAUGCCUAACUGUUGGCCCUUCUAAACCUCUGAUGUCCAGUCUUGUACAGUCUCAGGAUACCACUCUGUGGUUGGAUUCGGCGCAUUGACGACACGUCAUGAUUAGCUAUAGAUCAUGGUUCCAUGUUCGGCAUCUGGAUUUUUUGGACACCCGGCCACGACAGGCCUGGGUGUUUUUGCUAUCGUCACUUCAUCAUCACGGAUAUCCACUGAAGGUUAAUUGGCGGAGGCGUCUUUCAGUAUCAAAGCCGGGCGUCUUUACUUCUUUUUCAUACGGCAUGGGCAGGGUUUUUGUUCAUUGUUCUUAUUUUUUGUCACAAAGUCGAUUUUUAUCGCGGCGGCGCCCGGUGUCAUGGGGCAGACGAGAUGGUGUUUCGGGUCUGGUUUAUUUUAUUACCUAGUUUGCUCGUUGUCAUGAUUUUUGUACCAUGACUUUGUUCUUUCACCCCUCAGCUUUGCUAUCGCUGGAAUCUCGUCGUUGUUCUGUUCAGGGGGACAGCAACGACACCGAUUAGAACCGGAGAUUGGGAUGGGGUCUCUCGCUCUCGCCCCGGUUGCUUCUAUCGUUGCAUGUUAAUGGCACAUUGGAAGCGGUUCCGGACAAGAUUUGAGACAGCAGGGGAAACGGGCGGAGAAAAGGAGCAGACUUAUUGGGAAGAAGGAAGGAAAGGAAGAAAGGGUACACAUAUCUUUCACACAGGUACAGGAAAGAAGGGAUAGGAAAGUGGAGAGGCCGCAACGGGGGGUUGGUGAGGGGGUAAAAAAAUCGUGUACAUAUAGUAUCUGUCUGUCUGUCGGUUUACUUGUAGGCGAUGAUGGGUUUCUGGACGGCAGCAUCGGGAAUGAAAGCAUUGCAUUGUA